AUGGGUGAUAUGGAUGUUAUUUGUCCUGUAGAAAUAGGAAAAACAAAGUCCUAUGAAGUAAUUCCCAGUGUAGCAGGUAGUUCACCACACACUCCACUCGAUGAGAACAAAGAAAUUGGUGCUAUGGGGCCUGAGGAAGUAAAUGUAAUUUUGAAACAAUUGGACUCUGGUGUGGAUAAGGCAUUACAAAGAGCCAAAGUCUGGUCAAAAUAUCUUAAAGAUAUCAUUUAUUAUAUAGACAAAAAAGCACAAUUAGAAUCUGAAUUCUCAAAAAAUCUCAUCCGUCUAGCUCAAACUGCAAAACCAACUCUUAUGGAAGAUGCAUUCCUGCCUUUGCAGUCUGUAUACUGCACACUUUUGUCUCAGGAUACUGAAUAUGCCACUAAUUGUCAAGCAACUCAAACACUUUUGCAAACACAGAAAUUUGUGCGGCCACUGUCAUCAAGAAGAGCUGAGCACGAUAAAAUCCGCAAAAUGGUGAAAGAGACUUGGUCAAGGGAACUAAAAAAGAUGCAUGAAUCAAUUUCAAACUUAAGGAAAGCUCGGUCUCUGUAUUAUAAUCGUAAACAGGAGUACGAAAAGGCUUAUGAAUUGGCCAUGAAAACAGAAUCGGAGAUGUUGAGCCAAAGUGGUAGUUCUGGCAGUGGAACCAUUUCAAGCAAAGUUGAUAAACGGAAGAAAAUGGUAGAAGAAACCAUGAAUAGGGCUUCAGAAGCUGAGAUGAUGUACAAGGAAUGUAUAUUAGAAGCUAACAACAGGCAACAAGACUUGGAUAAAAUUAAGGGAGAUCUCUUAUCCAAAGUCUAUGAACAAAUUUUUCUAUGUGACAGUACCAUCAAAUCUGUAACCGUUGAAUAUUUUAACUUACUUCAUACAGUCACAGCACCAUUACCAUUACGGUUUAUGACUUUGUGUGAGACAAGCAAACUGUAUGAACCUGCCAGUCAAUAUGCAGAAUUUGUACGAAGACUACCCAAUACUAGCAAUCCACAGACUGCAGAACCAUUUGCCUUUGAACCUUAUGUGCCUGUGUUUUUAAUAUUAUCUGAUGACCGAAAACCCAGUGUCCAUUCAAGUGCUUCUUAUUCUUCUGAAAUUCUCUCUCAGGAAGGAUCACCUUUAUGUUAUGACAUCCAUUCACAAGGUUCACAAAAUGUUGCUAUGAAAGAGUGGCAAUGUACUGAGAUUGGAAGUGAUUCUGACAGCAGCCAGUCUCCUGAGUCAUCUCCUCCCACAAGCCCUCGGGGGCCAAUCACUUUGGAAGCAACAACUACAAAUUCCAUGGAGGACCUUCUUCAGGGUUAUUCAGAGGAAUCAGAAUGUAGCCAGCACACAAAAUCUUCAAAAACUACUGAUUCCUCUGGAGGCAACGUUAAGCAACACUAUCAUCAUCAUCAUCAUCACCAUCACCACCUACAUGGAGAAUGUAGCCGCACUUUUGGAGUGAAAUUGGAAGACCAUGUAAAGUUAUACAACACCGAUGUUCCUCUUAUUGUCAAAAAGUGUCUCAGUGAGAUUGAAAAGAAAGGGAUCACUAUAAAGGGCAUUUACCGAGUGUCUGGUGUAAAAUCCAAAGUAGAAAGUUUGUGCAAGCAGUUUGAAGCUGAUCCAGAAGGUGUGGACCUCACAGAACAGCAUCCCAAUGUCAUAACCAGUGUCUUGAAAAUGUAUCUAAGACAACUUCCUGAGCCUCUGUUGACUUUUGAUGCCUAUUCAAGUUUCAUACAAGUCGCUAAGAGAGACAUGGUUGGGAAUCUUAGCAAAGAGCAGACAGUUCAGAAAUUGGACGAAUUAAUACAGAAAUUACCAAUUGCCAAUCGUAAGACAACGGCUCUCAUUAUAUGGCAUUUGCGUCAAGUAUCAGAGGAAGCCAAUGAAAAUCAAAUGAAUGCCAGUAACUUAGGAAUUGUCUUUGGUCCAACGUUACUUCGGCCAUUGGAAGGAACAGCAUCUCUCUCUUCUUUAGUUGAUACACCUCAUCAAACACGAGCUGUGGAACUUCUGAUUACUUACGCUGAUCAACUUUUUGGAGAGAAAAUGGAAACAGUGCUGACCUCAACUCCUGACAGUUCUUCUGGAAAAGAGAAACUUGAACGAGUUCCUUCUUUGAAGCCUUCCAGAAGAGAUCAGUCAUCAGAAUCUGCUGCGCCUGAAGAUAGUUCAACCCCCGAGUCAUCUGUUGAGACUUCUGCUUUGCCUGCCCUAGUGCCUGAUACUCCACCACUGACAACUCUUGAUACACAAUCUCCCCGCAGCCCCAUUCCUCCCGCAAGUGUUCCAUCUACAACUACCACCAAAAAAAGUGAGCAAAAAACAGUCGAGCAAAGAUUCAGCCAGUCCCCACCGCGCAACAUCCCAGAAAAAAGCCUACAAUUAACUGCUACCAAAAGUCUAGACUCUCUUGCACCAUCAACUGCUUCAAGUUCUUCCACUCCAGCCAUUGCUGCCUCCACCUCUGCCACUCAUAGUGCCAGGUCUAGUAAGAUUCCAUGUGAAUAUGGCUAUGUGGAGAUACCUGCUUCAGCACCUCGUCACUUCAAACCUCCAUCUAUAGUCACUGCCAAAAUGUGUGUGAAAACCACUGCACCUAAACCGCCAAGUCAGCCAAAGUAUAAGGAGGAACAGUUUGAAUCUGUACCAACAUUAGGUGGCUCCACCCAACGGACUAGUGGACAUCGGAAUCUAACGUCAACAUCAAGUGCCCCAGUGGUGCUCACAUCAGUUACACCAAUGGGGCAGGACUAUGGCGAUGUUGCCAAGUCAUCAGUGCAUGAAUCUGUCUCUUCAUUAACAAAGAAAGAUGCAAAGUCCCACAUAACAAAAGGAGUUUUACCCUCAACUCAAUCUGCUUCACCGUCACCAGAACUGCAAUCCCUUAUUGCUUCAUCUACAAGCUCUGAUGACCGAGAGCCACGUUUUGUUUAG